CGUCACAUAUAUCCUGAAUCGUGGUGGGRGCCACAGAAGUCAAUUGCACCGUAGCUGGGUAGAUUUUGGACAGCCAAGGUAGAUACAUAAAUAUUAAUACUGACAUUCGCCAAUGCAUGGAAUAUUGCUUGAAUCAUUUCUGACGGAUAAACUAGAAAUGUAGUCUUAGCGACACUGUUUGCAAAAUGAAGCUGUCGCGGUCGUAUGGAAAAUGGAUUCCUAACGGACGUAUACCCUGAGCAGUACAUCAGCAACAUCUGGCGGCUAAGGAAUCGCACUAGCUCGUGCCUCGGCAGAGAGGGUGGAGGAUGCCAUCCCCGGAGAUGGGAGAGGAGGGGGAAGGGUCUCUGCCGGCCAGAGAGGGACCAAGCGGGCACAGCCAAGCAGACACCACCACCAACAACCUACUGGCCUCGGUCAAAGAACAGGAGCUCCAGUUUGAGCGUCUGACCCGGGAGCUGGAGGAGGAGCGUCAGAUCGUCGCRAGUCAACUGGAGAGGUGCAUGCUGGGAGCUGAGUCGCCUGGCGAUGAUGAUGAUGCCAGUAGCAGUGACUCAUCAGAGAAGUCCUUUGCUUGGAGAUCCACAGUAGAUGUGUCUGGUACAGGAGAGCACCGGGCUGCUGUAAUGGACAGCUCUCAUCAGUCGCCCUCCCGUCUCUUCCGAGCUGAUCAGGGUCACGGGUCACUCUACCUCCCUGAAGCGGACAGGGCAUCCCUGCAUGACAGUGAGGGAUCUGUGGCCCAUAUGAUGUCGUAUGCAGAUAGUGGCUAUCAGGACAGUAGUACGAGUUACUACAGUGUGAGCAGAGAGAACGUGGUUCUGUCAGAGCCCAGACACGUGCUGUCAGGCAGCGGCCCCAGGGGAAGCCCCAGUCACGGCAGGAGCUCCCGGGCAGAGGGGCAGGCCUCCGUACAGGUCUCAGCGUCAGGGCGGGUGAUGAGGAGGAUGGGCUCCCUCRCCUCCCGGGGCCAGUCUCCUGUGUGUGGUGUGGGGGGCYCCGUGUCCCCGUCCCGGGUCUCUCUCCGCACCUCCCAGGGCGGCAGCGCCUACGGCUCACCCAUCCUCACCGAGCCCAAACCCCUCACCAGCAUCUUUCCCGGGACCACCAUGCCCCCCUCCUCCCCGCCCGGUCCAGGCACCACCCCCUCCUUCCAGCGCGCCACCUCUCCUUACUCCCCCACCCACCAGAGGAACGGGAAUGGCGACUCUCCUCUCCGGACCAGCCCCCAUCCAGGCAGCGCCAGUCAUGCCACCUCACCUCAACAGGCGAUGGGUAGUGUCUCCGGGCGCCUGGGGUCUACACUGUCUCUGGUGGAGGGGAGGGGGCUGUCUGGCUCUCCUCUGAGGUCCUGUAUGACGGCUGUGCCCCAGCAUUACGGCUCCACACUGCCCCGCCAGGGGGCUCAGGCUCUCCCCUACAUACAUGACGCCUACGGGCUCUAUGAGAGGACCGCCCUGCCUCUGUCACGGCCUGACAGCCUCACUGGCCUGCACAGCUCCUACGCCACUCACCACAGCCCACUGGACCAGGAUAUGAGGAUGGCCAUGUCUCCUGACUGCCACGUCACGCCUGUCUACGACGACAGAGCCUUCCAAAGCCCCCUGUAUCACAGCCCCACCCACGCCCACCACGGAUCACACAGCGCUAUCUACAGGACACUCACGGGUGCGGAGAACCUUCAGCGGACCCUCCAGAGGACCACAAGCCAUUGCAGCACCCUGGCGUACCAAAGAAGCAGCUAUGGGCUGAACACCGCAGGGUCAUACGCAGACCCCUUCAGGGUCUCCCAGCAGGGACAGGGGCCCAAUGAGACCUCUUUCUCCAGGCACUCUGGUCUGGUCGACAGGGCUGCCACAAGGUCCCCCUCCAUAGACAGUAUACAAAAGGAUCCUAGGGAGUUUGCGUGGCGUGACCCCGAUCUCGCUGAGGUGAUCCACAUGCUGCAGCAUCACUUCCCCUCUGUCCAGGCCAACGCUGCAGCCUACCUCCAGCACCUGUGUUACAGAGACAACCACAUCAAAGUGGAGGUGUGUCACCUGGGAGGUGUCCAGCACCUGGUGGACCUGCUGGACCACAAAGCUGUGGAGGUGCAGAGGUGUUCCUGCGGAGCCCUGAGGAACCUGGUUUAUGGCAAGGCUACAGACGACAACAAGGUGGCCCUGAGGAACUCUGGUGGCGUCCCCGCUCUGCUCAGACUGCUGAGGAAGACCACCGACAACGAAAUUGUGGAGAACUGUGUGUGUACUCUGAGGAACCUGUCCUACCGUCUGGAGAUAGAGAUGCCCUCGUCUUGCCUGRUGGGGACUCAGGAACUGGACGCCCUGCUGGGCUACGGAUCCCCCAGUAAGGACCUAGACUAUCUCUGCUGGGGCAAGAAGAGGAAGAAGAAGAAGAGGGGCUGGCUGGAUGAUAAGUGGGACGGCGUGGGACCCAUCCCGGGGUUUGGUAAGCCUCCGCGGGGGGCAGAGAUGCUGUGGCACCCGGCCGUGGUGAAGCCCUACCUCAGCCUGCUGGCAGAGAGCUCCAACCCUGCCACCCUGGAGGGCUCUGCCGGAUCCCUUCAGAACCUCUCCGCUGGAAACUGGAAGUUUGCGGCAUACAUCCGUGCGGCGGUGCGCAAGGAGAAGGGGCUUCCUAUCCUGGUGGAGCUGCUGAGGAUGGACAACAGGGUGGUCUGCUCUGUGGCCACCGCUCUGAGGAACAUGGCCCUGGACAGCAGGAACAAGGAGCUUAUAGGUCAGACCACACACACACACACACAGAAACUCGCUCUCUUUCUCACACACACACACUUAAGUCCUUCAUGCCCCCUUGUCUCCCCUCUCAGGAAAGUAAUGCCGAUGCGGGACCUGGUGAACCGUCUCCCCGGGGGAAGCCCCUCCCUGCUGUCUGACGAGACGGUGGCGUCUGUCUGCUGCACGCUCCACGAAGUCACCAGCAGGAACAUGGAGAACGCCAAGGCCCUGGCAGCCACGGGGGGCAUCGAGAAGCUGGUGGACAUCAGUAAGGGCAGGGGGAAGGGGUAUUCUAUGAAGGUGGUGAAGGCGGCUGCUCAGGUCCUCAACACGCUGUGGCAGUACAGGGACCUGCGCACCCUCUACAAACAGGACGGAUGGCACCACAGUUAUUUCAUCACUCCUGUGUCCACUCUGGAGAGAGACAGGUACAGGUCUCAACCAACCCUGCCUACUAGCACCUUACAGAUGUCCCCCGUGCCCCGCCAAUCAGGUGGUAGUGCAACCUCCUCUCCUGCCAUGUUAGGGAUCAGAAGACACAGCUCUAACUACCAAAGGGCUCAGUCAUCUAUGCAACUCGAUACAUAUUAUGGAGACAACAGUUUACAUAAAAACCAGUACACAGGGUCAGAAAAGCAAACACCAUAUUUUAUCGGGUCCUAUUCCUCACCAUCAAGAGAGGACUAUCCUAGGUCCCAGCAGGAAGAUGUGUUCUACUCCGACGAGCCGGAUAGGAAUACUUACAACAACUACAGAAUGUAUCUGUCAUCGCCGCAAGGUUACGGGGAGGAGGAGCCUGGGCCUUACCAGGACGAGCCAGAGAACCUGACCUCCACAGAGCGAUACAACACCUCCCAAUCUAACAGACUGAWAUCCAAUACCAACYCCACUAACUACGUYGACUUCUACUCCACCACGAGGAGGCCUUCCCAGAAGGCUAACCAGUACACUGGGUCCCCUGACUCCUGGGUGUAGGGGUGGAGAAACCAUGUAGAAACCAUGACUCAUCAGUUUGAGCUACAUCUGUGUGUGUGUGUGUUUGAGUGUGUGUGUGUGAGAUAGAAAGAACAUGAGUGUGUCUGUAUGUGUGUGUGUGUGUGGUUCCAGUGGGAAAGAGCUUGUUGUUUUCUGGAGUGGUGUAAUGACAGCCAAAGAAGUAAGAAAGGUUUGUUGGAUAUGAGCCAGGCAUUCGCUUGGUUGGAAAUGUGGAGAAUGGACAGAGUGCUGAAGAAGUGUUACGUAAAAACAAACAUUAAAGGGAUAGUUUACUCAAAAUAGAAAUGAACAUGAUGUUCAAUAUAUGUUAGCUGUAAUUGAUAAACUAAGACAYUUAUGGAUAUAGUAAAGGCAGCAAAUAUCUCAAAACUAGCUUGGUGAAUCGACUACAGCCAAAUGGAAAAUAAUGUGAAUUUGGAUUUUGAGUCAAAUAAAUUAUUUGUAUGUUGGCCAAAUAUAUAUCAUGAAGUCAUAUCUGUGAAAUGUCAAAUAGUAUUUGUACAGAGAAAUAAAAAAUGUUACAAUGUGUUGUUACAGAACGUUACUGUAUUCAAUGUGUAGACUGUGUAUGUAGGAUAUGGUGUCUAGUGAUUUUUUUAUGAUUUAUUUAUUUAAGUGUGUGAAUUUCCCUCAAAACGCCCUGAGGUAUGUUGUCCAACACUGGCYAUGAUGUGACAUAUGGAAGUGUAUGAAGAUUUAAAAAAGAGCCCAUCAUAACACUAAAAAAAGAUUCAGAAUUGUGAAAAUGAGGCUUGGUGAAAUAAAUCAGCUGUGGAAUGGAA